ACCCGCCGUAUGCGGAUGACCUUUUUAGUCAUCACCAACGACAAGUCUCCAACCAACUCUCAAUCCUUGUAUAAGAAAGAAGAAAAGCAACCUUUAUUCCUUCCGAUUCCAAUCCACAAGCGUUUCUUUCUAUUUCUAACCCAAAAGAUAGAGAAGAAAGAAUCUAGAUCCAUGAUGAAGAUAAGCGCUUUUCCAGUUUUAUCACUUAGCGUCGUUUUGCUUUUGCUUUCUAUUGAGAAAGGGAUUUGCAGGGGAGACGAAUUCAUAAGGAUGAAAACUCUUGGUGGAGUUCACGACUGCAUGGGUAGCCAAAACAGCUUUGAGAUCGAAAAAAUCGCUCGGUUCGCCGUGCAAGAGCACAAUAAGAAAGAGAAUGGACUUCUUGAGUUUGCAAGAGUGGUCAAGGCCAAAGAACAGGUGGUUGCUGGUAAGAUGUACCAUCUCACAUUGGAGGCAAUUGAUGCUGGAAAGAAACAGUUAUAUGAAGCAAAAGUUUGGGUGAAGCCAUGGGUGAACUUCAAGCAGUUGCAAGAAUUCAAGCAUGCCCCUUGAAGUCCCUUCACUCCCGCCUUCAAACCUCGGUGAUAAACGAGGGCACUGAACAUUAUUGAAAGUUAGGAGGCGGGGAAGCAAGGAGAAUAGUCCAAGGUUAAGUUAAUAUGGACAUGUAAGGAAAGCAUAUGAAAUAAGAUCACUCCUGGAUCGUUAAUGUUCCUAUUAUGUAAAAAAGGUAACUAUUGAUAGUGCCUAAUUUGCUAAAGAUGUGUGGAAAAAAGCCUACCUAUUUUACUCUGAUAAUGUACUUGAGUUUGGCAACUACCAUGUCAGCUUGUAAAUAUAUACACUGUGACGACCUUCUACCUUAUACAGAUAUAGCUUUUAUAUGUUGUUUUCUUCCUCCAGUAUCUCUGGGAUAAUAGCUAAAUACUGUUUUUUCUUUUAUUGUUUCACGCAUAGAUUUCUUUUGCUCCUCGUUUUAGGCCUU